AUGAACCCCGAAUACGACUAUCUCUUCAAGCUCCUCCUCAUCGGAGAUUCCGGUGUUGGAAAGUCUUGCCUGCUUCUGCGAUUUGCCGAUGACACCUACACCGAGUCCUACAUCUCGACCAUCGGUGUCGAUUUUAAAAUCCGAACAAUAGAGCUCGACGGCAAGACGGUCAAGCUGCAGAUUUGGGAUACUGCCGGCCAAGAGCGAUUCCGAACCAUCACCUCCUCCUACUACCGUGGCGCCCACGGCAUCUGCGUCGUCUACGAUGUCACCGACAUGGACUCGUUCAACAACGUCAAGCAAUGGCUCCAGGAGAUUGACCGAUACGCCACCGAGGGCGUCAACAAGCUGCUGGUCGGCAACAAGAGCGAUAUGUCGGACAAGAAGGUUGUCGAGUACAGCGUGGCCAAGGAGUUCGCCGACAGCCUGGGCAUCCCCUUCCUCGAGACCUCGGCCAAGAACGCCAGCAACGUCGAGCAGGCCUUCCUGACCAUGGCCCGCCAGAUCAAGGAGCGUAUGGGCACCACGACGGCGAACAACACCAAACCCAGCGUGCAAGUCGGCCAGGGCCAGGGCGUCGGCAACUCCAACAACAACGGCUGCUGCUAA